AUGACAACAAAUAUCAAUCCGAGUUUUUUUCCUCUAUUAAUUUUAUUUACAAUUCUGGCAAUUGCGGAGGCAAACGAUCUAGGUUGUAAGUCUAACAGAACAAAAAGAGAGCUACCAACGAGAUAUCUAAUAUUUCCCCAGGGUAGCAACGUCCAGUUGAUUUACUGUCUGACGAUCGGGACCUAUGCCAAGCCGGAAAGCUUCUUCACGGUAGGUGUGACUGCGGGGCUCGCUUGGGAGCUUCCUCACAGAGAAACGGUGCCUUAUCGAAAACCCGCCGAGGUUUACCAUCGCCGCAGCAGGAGAGAGUUGUAUCCGAAAGUUGAGUCAAUGUUGACCACACGGGGUAAAGACGGAAAAGCUUGCGUACUUAAGGCUCUUUGUCAAGCAGCAAGAAGAAAUGACUCCGACGUUGGAAAAGGCACCUUUAUGCAAGAAAUUCUCUUUUCUAUAUUCACUUUACCCAGUGGUUCUUAUGACGUCGAUCCAAAAACUCGGUACGAGCUAGCUCAUGACUCGAUAAAUGAUUGCGACCAUCUGUAUCCUACAUGCUCCGAUUCGUUUUUUACAUUGAAUUAAUAUAUAAUUACGGACUGAAGAAAAUAAAAAAGAGAUGAAGAAAGAAAAGAAGAAAUAAAAUAAAGAAAAAGUAACAAGAAAUAACGAGAUAAGUUUUUCUCGUGGGGUUAAGCGAUAUUUUAACAUCGAUAACGGUUAAAUUCACCGAGGACUGAACUUGGUAGUGAUAAAUUUAUGAGACGCUUACAGCGCUACUCGAGGGAAAGUAACUGAGAAAGAUAGUAUUAAAAUGACGAGGAUGAAAACAA